CAGCACCAUUUCGCACCUCCCCCCACCAAAGACGCGCCCGAGAUGUGGACCUCCGACUCCGACCCCGAGCUCGCCGCCUCAUCCUCCUCCUCGUCCACCACCUCCGCCUCCCCGCCGCCGUCCCCGCCUCCCGCUUCCCUCCCCCGCCGCCCGCGCAACCGCGCCAGCCAUCGCCGCCGCCGCCGCGCCGCCGUCCCCGCGACAGCCGCGCCCGAGGCCGAGGACGUGUGGCGCGGGGCGCAGUGGGAGGCGGCGUGGCCGGGGCGCCGCUACGCCAGGCCCGUCCUGCUCGCGGCGGACGCCACCGGCUCCCCGGGCGCCGCGGACGACGGCGUGGGCCGCUCCAGGAGCCUCACGGACGACGACCUCGAGGAGCUCAAGGCCUGCGCCGACCUGGGCUUCGGCUUCAGCUACGACGAGAUCCCCGAGCUCCGCGGCACGCUCCCCGCGCUCGAGCUCUGCUACUCCAUGAGCCAGCGCCUCCUCGACGACGCCCCCCACCACCACCACCACCAGGCCGCCGACCCCGCGCCGCCCGUCACCAACUGGAAGAUCUCCAGCCCCGGCGACAGCCCCGACGAGGUGAAGGCGCGGCUCAAGUACUGGGCGCAGGCGGUGGCGUGCACCGUCCGCCUCUGCAGCUGAACGCCCGGCGACCGCCACGCCGCCGGGAGAAGCGAUCGCCGACAACCGAAUGGCCGGCCGGCCGACCGAUCGAUCAACCGAGAGGCUAGCAUCCCGCUGGACGAUGACCGGAUCAGAUCGAUCGCCGCUCCUGCUGUAAAGCGACGACGAUGGAGGCGCGGCGCCCCUGCUGCUGCUGCUGCUGCUGCGACGGCGGGCGUUGGCGGCUGCCAUGAUUGCAGCCGGGGAGUUUGGUGGGGGCAUCGUUCGUAGCGGACGUCGUGGGAGGCUGGGGAGGCUGGUUGCCGACUUGCUGUGCUCUCUGAUCCAGCUGAGCGAUCGACCUGCUGUCCAGUGCCAACCCCGCGCCCAGCCAAUCUCCAAGAAAUAAACAAUAGCGAUCCAAAUAAUCAUGUUCAGAAUAACAGUUGAUUAAUCUAGUGAGUGCACAUUGGGUAGAGGAUCACAGUGAAUAAAUAAAUAACUGAUGGAUCCCAAUCUUGUUGCUGCUGUUCUUAAUCAUUGGUUGUUUGCUUAAUCAUGAGUAUCUGUCUGUGUAUCA